AACAGUCCAACCACAAAUAACAUAUAAAAGAAAGAGCCGCAAGAAAACCAAGAAAACGACCAUUAAUGGCGUCGUUCAUCAAGAACCCUUUUCGACCACCCUCAUUUUUCUUCUACCUCAUCGGUCUUUCCUGUCUGUUCGAGGUUUCCACGUCGGUCUUUAACGGUUCGGCCAAAACGACGCCAUCAUUGGAUACAAUCUCAGGUGGUCACUGGUUUCUUCUCCAUUCAAGCGUCGGAGUCUCAGCCAUGCACAUGCAGCUUCUCAAAAGCAACAAGGUCGUCAUCUUCGACAGAACCGACGUGGGUCCCUCCAAUCUCUCACUCCCGCACGACAAAUGCAUUCGCUCUCCGAGAGGCACGGACUGCACGGCACACUCUCUUCUCUACGACAUCGUUUCGAACACCUUCCGUCCGCUUACUGUACACACCGACACGUGGUGUUCGUCGGGCUCCGUAAACCCCGAUGGGGUUCUAGUCCAGACGGGCGGUUACGGCGAAGGCAUUCGGAAGGUCCGUACGUUCCCGCCGAGCGAUGACAACCGCUCGGAUUGGACGGAGCUGAGCACGAAACUCUGGGAACGGCGGUGGUACGCCACGAACCAAGUGUUGCCGGACGGCAGGACAAUCAUUGUCGGAGGGAGGCUGGCUUUUUCCUACGAGUUCUUCCCCAAGAAAUCGGCGAACGACGGGUCGUUUUCGAAACUGUAUUAUUUGAGCUUUCUGAAGGAGACCAGGGAUCCGUACGAGGAGAACAAUCUUUAUCCGUUCUUGCAUCUUUUGCCCGACGGAAACCUCUUCAUCUUCGCGAACAAGCGGUCAAUCUUGUUUGACUACAAUCGUAAUUCCGUUGUCAGAGAGUUUCCGAUCAUUCCAGGAGAUUUUAAAAGGAACUAUCCCAGCACUGGUUCUUCGGUGCUUCUUCCUCUCAGAUUGGAUUGGAGGAGAAACGGCACCGUUCUGCCCGAGGCCCAGGUUAUGAUCUGCGGUGGUUCACCGCCCGGUGCUUUUAACAUGUCCAACAGAGCGAGAAUCUUCGUCUCCGCGUCGAAUACCUGCGGAAGGAUCCGAGUGACCGACCCGAAACCAAAAUGGGUCAUGGAGGAAAUGCCCAUGCCCCGGGUCAUGUCCGAAAUGGUGCUUUUACCCACCGGCGACGUAAUCAUCAUCAACGGCGCCACCAAAGGCACGGCGGGUUGGGAAGAUGCGGUUAACCCGGUUUUUAAUCCGGUUCUCUAUCUCACUUACGAACCCGACCCGGAGCGGAGAUUCAUGGUCCUCAACCCGUCAAGAAUCCCCAGAAUGUACCACUCCACUGCGGUGUUAUUGCCAGAUGGCAGAAUAUUAGUGGGUGGAAGUAAUCCGCAUAAGUUGUAUAACUUCACAGCGUAUCCUUACCCAACUGAGUUAAGCUUGGAGGCCUUCCAUCCAUAUUACUUGGACCCACAGUUUGUUCCGCUACGGCCCUCGAUCAUCUCCGUCGGAUCAAGACAGAGGAUCGUAUUCUACGGUCAAAGGUUUUCGGUGGUGUUCGUGCUUGCUUUGCACCGUCCAAACCUUGGGAUCUCAGUCGUGCUCAUGACGCCGUCGUUUUCGACACACUCUUUGGGUAUGAACCAGCGGAUGUUGGUUAUGGAAGUGGUCAGCUUGGCACAACUGUCCACGUUUGCUUACAAGAUCACGGUUGGUGGGCCACCCACGGGUACAGUAGCCCCACCUGGUUAUUAUAUGCUGUUUGUUGUCCACGCUGGAGUUCCAAGCCCAGCUGUUUGGGUAAAAGUGCAAUGA